GAGGCCUGGAGUGGAGUGCUGGAGGGAGAGAGCGCUUUACUAUAGGAGAGCAUAGUAGAAUUCUUAAGGAAAAUUUUAAGAGCCAGCCGAAAGAGCUCUCCUCAUUCCCUCUUCUCUUUUAUUAUCUCGCUCCUCCGAAGGAGACUCCAGCUCUCCCUUUCCCCUCUCCCCCAGUUAAUCUCAAUUCCAUUCUUAAACCCUUAUCUCGAGCGGUUUUUUUUUUGGUUUUGUUUUGUUUUUAUAAGUCUUCGAAUUCUUUGAUUUCUGGUACACGAAGGGAAGGCGGGGAUUUUUGCCCGAUUUGGCACUGGAAGCUCUGUUUUUGCGAUUUAUUCAAGAGGUUUUUGGGGUCGAGAAUGGCGUCGGAGAGGCUAUUUUGUAUAUCGGUGACUUCUGUGGUGGAGGAUGUUCUCAAGCAGCAUGGGACUAGGCUGAGCGAUAUGCAUUUGGCUUCGAGGAAGGCAGAAGAAGCAUCGGCAAGAAGGUAUGAGGCAUCUGGGUGGCUGAGAAAGAUGGUUGGGGUAGUCCUUGCUAAGGAUUUGCCAGGCCAGCCUUCGGAGGAAGAGUUCAGGCUUGGAUUGAGAAACGGAUUGAUUCUUUGCAAUGCACUCAACAAGGUUCAACCAGGUGCAGUGCCAAAGGUGGUUGUAAAUCCAGGAGAUUCAGUUCUUCACCCAGAUGGUGCAGCCCUAUCAGCUUACCAGUAUUUUGAGAAUGUGAGGAACUUUCUUGUGGCUGUGAAAGAGAUUGGUCUUCCUAUGUUUGAGGCUUCCGACUUGGAGCAGGGAGGGAAAAGUGCCAGGGUUGUAGACUGCGUUCUAGCUGUCAAAUCCUAUGGUGAAUGGAAACAAAUGGGAGGACAUGGAUCUUGGAAAUAUAGUGGAAAUUCUAAAUUUUCCAACACAGGGAAAAAUUUCUUGAGGAAAAAUUCGGAACCUUUCAAGAAUUCCUUGUCAAGGAAUCAACCAAUGUAUGAAAAUGAAGUUUUAUGUAUGGAGCAUAAUUUAAAUGAAAAUAUUCCAAUUGAAUCUGCUGAAAUGACUUCAUCACGUCCACUGAGUAUGCUUGUACAUGCAGCUCUAUCAGGCAAGAGGCCUGAAGAAGUUCCAUUGCUGUUGGAGUCGAUGUUAGGUAAAGUAAUGGAAGAGUUUGAGCACCGCAUAGCAAGCCAAACUGACCUGCAGGUGAAAACAGCUCUCAAGGGUCUUGCUGACAGCAAUAAAUCUUUUUGCAAACAAAAGGUUUCGAUAGAUCCCCCAUCUGCUUCUUUUGAGAUGAAGAUGGAGAAGGAAGAAAAUAAUCUCAUAAAAUCGGAGAAAGAGGGCUACAUUCAUAAGAACAUGCUAGAAGAAGAGGCAUCAAAAGACAAAAUUCUGAAGCAACACAAGAUGUUUGAGCAACAACAAAGAGAUAUUCAGGAAUUGAAACAUACUCUUCAAACUACAAGAGCUGGCAUGGAGUUCAUGCAAAUCAAGUACUCUGAGGAAUUCAGUAAGCUUGGCAAGCAUCUUCUCAGCCUUGCUCAUGCAGCUUCAGGUUAUCACAAAGUUCUCGAAGAAAACAGAAAGCUGUACAAUCAAGUGCAAGAUCUGAAAGGAAGUAUUAGGGUCUAUUGCCGAGUUAGACCCUUCCUACCUGGACAACUAAGUACUAGCAGUAUUGGUGGUAUCAAUGAUGGACAUAUCACGAUUAUCACCCCUUCGAAGUAUGGAAAAGGACAUAGAUCUUUCAAUUUUAAUAAAGUUUUUGGUCCAUCGGCAACCCAAGAGGUGGUAUUCUCAGACAUGCAACCUCUGAUUCGGUCUGUUCUUGAUGGUUAUAAUAUUUGUAUAUUUGCAUAUGGCCAAACUGGAUCAGGGAAAACAUUUACUAUGAGUGGACCUAAGGAUCUGAAUGAGCAAACCCAGGGCGUGAAUUAUAGGGCACUGAGUGACCUGUUUAAACUCUCAGAAGAAAGAAGGGGUGCAUUUUAUUACAAAAUCUCUGUUCAAAUGAUUGAAAUUUAUAAUGAGCAAGUGAGAGACCUCCUUGCUAGUGAUGGCCUUAACAAAAGAUUAGAAAUUCGUAACAGUUCCCAGAAAGGACUUCAUGUACCUGAUGCAAAUUUAGUCCCUGUUACAUCAACAUCAGAUGUCAUUGAACUGAUGAACAUUGGACAGAAGAACUGUACUGUGGGUGCUACAGCAUUGAAUGAUCGUAGCAGCCGUUCUCAUAGUUGCUUGACUGUUCACGUUCAAGGAAGAGAUAUGACAUCUGGAACCAUCCUUCGUGGAUGCAUGCAUUUAGUUGAUCUUGCAGGCAGUGAAAGAGUUGAUAAAUCUGAGGUCACAGGAGAAAGGCUAAAAGAGGCACAACACAUAAAUAAAUCGCUCUCAGCUCUGGGGGAUGUAAUAUCUGCCCUUGCCCACAAAAAUUCACAUGUUCCUUAUAGAAAUAGCAAACUCACACAAUUACUUCAAGAUUCUCUUGGUAGGCAAGCAAAAACAUUGAUGUUUGUCCAUAUAAGUCCUGAUAUAGAUGCUAUUGGAGAAACUAUUAGCACACUUAAAUUUGCUGAGAGGGUUUCUAGUGUUGAACUUGGUGCAGCUCAACUAAAUAAAGAAAGUGGAGAAGUCAAAGAGCUCAGGGAGCAGGUAGCUUGCCUUAAAGCAGCAUUAGCAAGGAAAGGAGGAGGGUCAGAGCAUCUUCAGAAUAUAAUAGCAAGUCCUGAUAUGCUUAAUGUCAAGACACCAUCACCUAUAAACUCAAAUCAUCAGCAUGGUCAGGAAUAUGUAAAUAAUCAAACUAAUCACAGAAAGCCUAUGGAGGAUGUUGGAAACAUAGAGAUGCAGAUUAAUCCUUCGUUGAAACAAAAGAAACCAAGUAUUGAUCUCCAAGAGUUGUUAAUGGCAAAUGAUUCUCCUCCCUGGCCAGACAGCAGUAGAAUAAACUUUCAGGUGGGAGAAUAUAAAGAAACUGACCCUGGAAAUUGGGUUGACAAGGUCAUGGUGAACAAGCAUGAGACGGUGAUCCAGGAUAAUAAUUCCAUAAGAGAUUGGGACGGAGAUAGCGCACCGUUGCCUGACUUUUUUUACCAGAAAUAUGUUUCUAAUAUGGAAGCUUAUCCAGAACAACCAUACCAAAGGAAUGCCACAAGGAGAAAAGAUAGCCAUGAUUUUGGUAUGCAAGGAAACCGAUUUUAUUCUGUGGGUACUGAUGAUUCUGAUGAUUUGGAUAUUGCAACAAGUGAUUCUUCAGAAGCAGAUACGCUAUGGCAAUUCAAUCUCCAAAAUAUUAAUACUGCAGUCAAUGAAGGUGCGUCAAGGAUCAACAAACAUCAAAUGCCAACAAAGAGCCCAGAUAUAAGGUAUUAUGAUUUGUCUGGCAAACGGAAUGAUACGUUCAGAUUGGGGUUUCUAAACCUACCAGCUUCCUAUGAUGGCAAGUUAUAUUGCAGCGGUAGAAAGUCCAGGACUCCAAAUCAUAUACAAAUUCCUACACCAUCCAGGAAAGCGUUGAACGGGUCUAAUCGGACAGGGAGGCAGCCUUAUUCUAGCAGCAGUGACGGGAAACGGAUCACUUGAUCAGGUGGGAAAAUGAACAAUGUGAAGUAAGAAGGGUUGUUGAAAUGAUGUUGUGCUUUUUCUGGCUUUCUUUUUCGAUUGUAAUGAUAGAUCGAGAGCCUCAUUCUCGAGUACAAUAAUGAGUGGCAAUAAUCCCUGUUGCUUUGUACUGCUUUGGUGGUUGUAUCGUGGGUGGUAGGACCCCCCCGUCCUCUUUGCUUUAGCUUGAAGUAGUCGAAAUGUAUAAUUUCGGAUGACCAUUCUUUAUCUAUCAUGCUCAUAAUUCGUAAAGAUAAUGAAAGGAGAAGUUGGAAGAAAAAGAAA